AUGGUCAACAACGCCGCACAGCAGUUCAAACGCAACCAGGCAGCAAUUGGCGACCAAGCUACGCUCUUUGGUUGUUUAGCGUUUGACGAGACUAACUACGGGGUUGUACCUGUACGACGAGAUUCAGCUGGAUCAAUUUUUGGGGUGGUUGAUUUUGGCCGCAACGAAGUGGGCAUCGGAAUUACCCCCAGCUCUGUCCAUCACUUGGAAAGUAAAUUGAACGAUGUUGAGGCGUGCUUGCUCGAGUAUGGGUUGGACAUCCAAAACUUUGCUCCAAACAAAUCCACAUUUAAUGACCCCGACGACAUUGCAGCGUUUUUGUGUUUGCUGGUCGACGAGGCGCACUCGAUGGUUGGUCAAAUCAACACCAAGGUCAACGACAGGCUCAAGCUCAUUGAACGAAAAAAGCUCAGCGAAGCUGACACCAUGAAACGCAACAUGCACACACCUGCAGUUUGUUUGGACCACAUAGCCGAAACGGUGGCUUGGCUUCGUGAUGGUGACGAAGCUAUCAUCUGCGAUGAUGCAGUCAAAUCCACAAUGUCUGGGGUUGUGGAAUCCUUCCGAACAGUGUUCAUCAACUUGUCGCUGCUGUGUGCGGCAGAUGAGUUUUGUGCAUUUGUAUCGAUUGCAAUCGAAACACUCAAAACUACCUCGCUGACGUGGAACGAAGAGCGGUUAAACCCUGUGGCUAUGGUGGUGGCACAUCUCAACGCUCGAGGCAAAAAGCUGAAAAUGUUAUCGUCAACGAAAAUGGCGUGGUUGACGCUGUUCUACUUCGACGACGCGUUGCACACGUACCUCGACACCGGUGUGGACUUUUAUCGCCAUGUGUUUGUGCCUGAGCGUAAUCCAUCCAUGCCCCACAUUCGGUACGGCCGCGUCCAUGAAUAUCGAGGGUGCUAUAUCCAUCUUCAAUCGCAUACGGGGACGCGAAGGCAGGGCAAGGGCACUUAUAAGGACUGCAUUAUAGCGCUGAAGAAGUUAAUUGCUAUCCAAGAGAGCGAUAUACUAACACCAAAUGGCAAAAAGCGGGUGUACGACGACAUCCACUACGCCAAAAGUAUAAAAGAAAUGGCCAAGUGGAACAAACCUGGACAGAACAAGAAGCUCAGUCAUUCCAACCCGCACGACAAGAAAAAUCGGCUAAGCGAAGAUAUCAUUGCCAACGACAAGCCUACAGCCUUCUGGAUGUCCCGUAUCCCUCCGGUGGCCACCGUGAUCGUGGCUACGAUGGUAUUUCCUGGUACUCCGGGACCGUUCCAGGUGUAUCCGGGAGCUGAAACAGGGUCGGACCGUCGGUACCGGUUCUGGCCAGGGGAGUCGUAG